AUGACAACUGUUGCUUGCACUCAUGGAGGGGAUAUUGUUACUUUGACAGUUCCAAAGGCUGCUUAUGAGACUGGCAGUGCGAGCUAUACACACCCGAUCGUUCAGUAUCCUUCGGGUUGGGUCGGGGGGCAUCAAACAGAUGCUGGUGGCAGUAGUCAUCCUGCGGUAAAGCCUACAGGAGGUUCACAGCCUGGCUCGCAGAACGGCCUGCCUGAGGUCGCUAACGCAGCCACAGGGAUGCAGGGAUUGCAUCCCAGCUACAAGGCGCACCAGGCCGUGAACCCUACUUCAACUACAGGAUCAUAUGGGGGUGAUCAACCGGAACACGGGAAGCCGCAGCCAUCUGUUCCCGCUCAAGGCUCGUCACAGUCCAACAACAAUUCGCCGGAGAAUCCCUCUCAGCCAUCAUCCCGCACGAGCUUGACAACAGAAACAAGCAUCGUCCCUACUUCUCAACUCGGCACUUCAGCACUUCCAUCUCAAUCAUCACCUCUUGACCAGGGCCAAGUUCCUUCAGAAUCCACGGGAGCACCCUAUGCUACAUCAGUAGUUGUUUCAGAGGCUCACAGAUAUGACCUCACAUCGUGGAUCAUGAUUACAGCAAUCGUCGGUAUGCUUUUGUUGUAA